GGUGGGAACUGGCUGUUUUCCUCGUCAUCGUGGCCUCUUCCAUACGUCAUCUUGCCAUGAAGCAUUGCCUCAGUAAGAUGCUUGGUCCUCUCUUGCUCAUCUUCAAUAUUGAACUCGUGUUCAAUAUCGUCGACAUCUUCUUCAUCCUCGUCUCCCGGGACUCUGGCGCUCCCUACAUAAGACACAAAUAAUCUCAGAAGAACAGCUUACAUACAGCAACUCCUUGGACAAUUCUAAUCGUGCAGCAAUCAUAUUCUGCAGUUUGACUUACCUCUGAGGCGCUUGUAGCGAGUCUUGCACUGAGGACA